CCGCAGAGGCGUGGGCGGGACUUCCGUUCCGGGCUGAGUCCUGCUUCCGGUAGGGGCGGUGGUCGGCGGGGACGGGGCCGCCGCUGCCAGAUAGCCGCCAUGAGCCUGCAGUGGACGGCGGUCGCCACCUUCCUCUACGCCGAGGUCUUCCUCGUCCUCCUGCUCUGCGUCCCCUUCGUCUCGCCGGCCAGAUGGCAGAAGAUCUUCAAGUCGCGCCUGGUGGGCCUGGCCGUGGCUUAUGGCAACACCGUCUUUGUCGUCCUCAUCGUCAUCCUCGUCCUGCUGCUCUUCGACGCCCUGCGGGAAACCCGUAAGUACGACGUGACGGACCGGGUGGCCCUGCAGAGCAGCCCCGGCGCCCUCGAGCAUUUCCACAUGAAACUCUUCCGGGCUCAGCGUAACCUCUACUUGGCCGGCUUCGCCCUCCUCCUCUCCUUCCUCCUGCGCCGCCUGGUCACCCUCAUCUCGCAGCAGGCCGUGCUGGGCGCCUCCAGCGAGGCCUUCCGCAAGCAGGCGGAAGGUGCCAGCCAGGCCGCCCGCCGCUACAUGGAGGACAACGACGUCCUGCGGAAGCAGCUGCAGGAGGCAGGGGGGGACGGGGGAGGCGCGUCCCCCUCCCAGGACGAGAACGAGAAGCUCAAGGCCAAGGUGGAGAAGCUGAAGGAGGAGCUGGCGGCCAGCAAGCGCAGUACGGAGCCGCCCUGGAGAAGGCGGAGAACGAGGUGCAGGCCAUGCGGCGCCAGGCCGAGGGGCUGACGCGGGAGUACGACCGGCUGCUGGACCAGCACGCCCGCCUGCAGGCCGCCCACGAUGGACCCCGUGACAAGAAGGAGGAGUGACGGACCAAGGCCCCCCACUCGCUGGACCACCCCCCCCCCGCCAGGAUCGGGGCCGGGGAAGGUUGGGGGGCGGCGGGGGGGGCGCCAGAACUCGGAAAAGACAUUUUCAGGGACCCCCAACUGCCACCCCUCUCCCCCCUGCCCCCCCCCCCUCCAUCCCACUGUAUUUAGGGUCCCCUCACGCUGUGG